GAGGGGAGCUGUAAACAUAGGAAGCUGCAUACAGUAGCUAGUAGAGGAGACUGGCAGACAACAAGUCAGGCCUGAGAAGUGGCUGCUAACUCAGCAGAGUGCCAAGGGCUCAGGCUAGAUUAUUGAAAGACAGCUCUGGACAGAAUAGUGGAAGGGGAAGGAAGGAAUGAUGGGCCAUUCUCUGCUUGUCUCUCUCAAUCGCCUUUGAGAGAGGAGUUGGCACAGCUGGGCAAGAUGAUAUAGCAGAGUGGACUACACAGUGGGCGUCUAUUUUGGUCCUGCUGUCAGACAACGAUGUCACCUUGGACAAAUGGCAGUGCCGGUUAGAAGGAACAGGUUGCACGGAAUGGGCUACUAAGUAUGUCAGGAGUGGAUAAAGACGAGGAACCCGCUCACAGACUCUACUUCUACUCUACCUCCUUUCAGCGUUCCAACAGCCACGACAAAGUGCGAAAAAUAGUUGCAGAAGAGGGUCGCACUGCUCGGAAUUUGAUCGCCUGGAGUGUCCCUUUGGAGACCAAAGAGGAGGAAGCAAAAUCCAAAGGCUGUGCCAGCAGCUGUUCAAAGCCUCAAAGGGUCAACGCUGGACAACCGAAGAAUAAAAAACAGAAUGCUGGUGUGGAAAGUAAGAGCACAUCUGGAACCGUAUUGGACAAGGGUACUGACAAGAGCCCCACCAAAGCCAGACAGCCCCGCAAAGUGGACCUGCGUGCUCGAUACUGGGCAUUCCUCUUCGACAACCUGCGUCGGGCAGUGGAUGAGAUUUACGUCACAUGCGAAUCUGAUCAAAGUGUCUUAGAAUGCAAGGAGGUGUUGAUGAUGUUGGACAACUAUGUUCGGGAUUUCAAAGCACUCAUAGACUGGAUUCAGCUUCAGGAAAAAUUGGAGAAAACAGAUGCCCAGAAUAGACCGACUUCUUUAGCGUGGGAGGUGCGAAAGAUGUCCCCUGGACGCCAUGUAAUGCCAAGUCCCACUGCAGACAGAAUAGUACCAUCUUCAGGUACACGUCGCACCCUAAACUUUGGUAGUACUCCACCAGCUCUGGCCGCCGCUCGGCUCUCCCACACAGGGCCCAGCUGGGCGGACAGAGUAAAGUGCACUCAGGCCACCCACAGCACCAGUCAACCAACCACAUUACCAGCAGAAAAACCGAGUAAAAAAGAUGCAGAAGGCUGGGAGACGGUGCAGCGGGGACGGACUGCCAAACCCCGCUCUGCUUCCAUGGUUGCCAAGGUCAGUCCUGUCUUGGCCCAUGUCCCCGCUAAGCAGGACAGCGCCAAGUGUAAUCGGUCACAUCUACCACCACAGGAACAGCCACAGCGCCGUCCUGUGUGUCCCUCGGACAAGGACAUGACCCAAACUGACUUCAGGCAGCAAGUUACUGAGGAGCCUGUCCCAGUGGAGGAGGUUGAACAUCCACAAAAUGGACACAUAAUGGAGCCUCCAGCAGAGCCUAUACAACACUCAGAGCACUGUGUCGACGCACCCUGUGAAGACGUGCCUCCCCCUGUAGCAUCACUUGUCCCAUUCCAGGCCACAGAGUGCCCCCAGUCCAAAGCCCCAGUCCCACCAACAGACUCUAUUACUAUGUCAAUCCCAGUCUGUGCUCAGACCAUUACAGCAUCCGUCGACAUGCACCAGACGAAUGGGCUCAGUAGUAUGUUGGCCUCUGGGGACGCUGGAGCUGAGGGAGGCGCGUCACAGGGCAUGACAACAUCUGCUCCAGGACGGGCCGAGGCUCCCAUGGCAGCGGUGAAACUGGAGAGUGUGCUGGACCCCACAGAGCUUUCUACUCCUCAGUCAAUGGCAGAGGUUCUGGCCAAGAAAGAGGAGUUGGCGGACCGGCUGGAGAAGGCCAAUGAGGAGGCCAUAGCCAGUGCCAUCGCUGAAGAGGAGCAGCUGACCAGAGAGAUUCAGGCAGAGAAUAACGACCUGGAAACUGACAAUGAAAGUGAUUUUUCUGCUAACAGUUGUGGGGUUUAUGGAGGCAACAUCGAUUGGAGCGAUAUGUUGGCUGAAUUUGAUGCUCGAGAAUCUUGGCGUCAGAGUACCUCUUGGGGGGAUAUGGUAGAGGAAGAGCCGGCCCGCCCUCCUGGACAUGGAAUCCACAUGCAUGAGAAAUUGUCCUCUCCAUCACGCAAAAGAACAAUUGCGGAGUCAAAGAAGAAACACGAGGAGAAACAACUGAAGGCACAGCAGCUGAGGGACAAACUCCGUGAGGAAAAGACGCUCAAGUUGCAGAAGCUCAUGGAGAGAGAAAAGGAUGUGCGAAAAUGGAAAGAGCAGUUGUUGGACCAGCGUCGGAAGAUGAUGGAAGAAAAGCUUUUGCACGCCGAGUUCAAGAGAGAGCUGCAACUCCAGGCCAUUGUGAAGAAAGCUCAAGAAGAAGAGGCCAAGGUGAAUGAAAUAGCUUUCAUCAACACUCUGGAAGCCCAGAAUAAGAGGCACGACGCCCUAGCCAAGUUAAAUGAAUAUGAACAACGCCUUAAUGAGCUGCAGGAAGAAAGGCAGAGAAGACAGGAAGAGAAGCAGGCUAGAGAUGAGGCAGUGCAGGAACGCAAGCGGGUCUUAGAAGCAGAGCGGCAGGCAAGAGUGGAGGAGCUGCUUACGAAGAGGAAGGAGCAGGAGGCUCGUAUCGAGCAGCAGCGGCAGGAGAAAGAGAAAGCCAGGGAGGAUGCAGCAAGGGAAAGGGCCAGAGACCGAGAGGAGCGUCUGGCUGCUCUUAGUGCCGCCCAGCAAGAGGCCAUGGAGGAGCUUCAGAAGAAAAUUCAAAUGAAGCAUGACGAGAGCAGCCGAAGGCAUAUGGAGCAAAUAGAGCAAAGAAAAGAGAAAGCUGCUGAGCUCAGCAGUGGUCGACAUGCGAACACAGACUACGCCCCUAAACUGACACCUUACGAGCGCAAGAAACAGUGCUCACUUUGUGGUGUUGUGAUCACCUCAGAGGUGCACCUGUUCAGCCACACCAAGGGCAAGAGGCACCAGCAGGCCGUGCGAGACAGUAGCAGCAUCCAAGGCCGGGAGCUCUCUGAUGAGGAAGUGGAGCAUCUCUCCUUAAAGAAGUAUAUUGUGGACAUACUGACAGACAGCUCCGUCUCCUCUGAGAGUGUGAAGGAUGGUGAAGAGCGCCAGAAAGCGAGGAAGAAAGCAAAGAAGCUUCGUGCCAGAAUGAACUCCAGAGCGAAGGAAUAUGAGAAUUCAAUGGAGGCAAAGAAUCAGGUUCUUGACUCCCCAUACAAAGCCAAAUUGCAGCGUUUAGUUAAAGACCUACUGAAGCAGCUGCAGGGCCAAGAUGGAGGACAGUGGGCCAACAACAAAGCAUCUGGACUGGACAGAACUCUGGGAGAAAUCUCUCGUAUCUUAGAGAAACGGAAUAAUGCAGACCAAGUGGCCUUCCAAGUGGGCGGUGGCCUGAGUGCUUUGGAGCAAAUUUUGCAGGUCAUCACUUCUGUUACCACACCCACUGCAGUCCCACGUAUUCCUAUCAAAUCUCUCUGUGCUGCUGUAAAUACCUACUGUCUGGUAUGUUCCUCCUGUACCUUCAACUGCAGUUAUGUGCUCUUUAGCAACAAGAUAGUCUUCCUCAUGGACCUGCUGCUUCACCAACUAACACUGUAUGUUCCAGAUGAAGACAAAUCCAUUUUUGGCUGCAGCAUAAACAGACAGGUCUUUGAAGGGCUCACAACAGGCCUGCUUCAGACCAUUGCUGCCAUUUUGAAGCCCCUGUUUCUCUGCGUUGUUGAGUCGGGCCAAUGUGAAAACUUUUGGAUUUCAUCUUCAGGUGCCAAGGUCAAUAGCUCUGCUGUAGAGUCCUACAGCACUCGACUUCAAGAUCUUAUCAGUUAUGUAGUAAACAUGGGCUUAAUUGACAAGUUGUAUGGAUGCUUCCUGUCAGUCCAAAGCCCUAUAGAUGAGCACCCCAAGAUGUCUGCUUUUCUGGAGCAAGCCUCAUCUCUGCUGAACCGAAUGUGUGAGCUGUGCUUUGUCGUAACUGGACGGGCUCCCAAUAUUUUUGACAAUAAACGGCAGGAUCCAACUGGACUAACAGCCGUUUUGCAGUCCACUGACCUGGUGGGAGUGGUGCAUACCCUUUAUUGCAUCCUGCUGCACAGUUUCUCGCCAGAGUCUGCCUCCCAGACUCAAGAACCCUACGGCCCUGGGGUCAUCCAGGUGGCUAUACACGGCAUCCGGUUCCUCAACAGUUUUGCCAUUCUUGACCUAUCGGCAUUUCAGUCUGUUCUUGGAGCUGAGGGCCUCUCUCUGGCGUUCCGACACAUCGUCAGCUCGCUGCUCUGGUACUGUACCCAACAUUCCUCUGAAGAGCUGCUUCACGAAGUCAUCAUCUGUGUGGGAUACUUCACUGUUAACCACCCAGACAACCAGGUGAUAGUGCAGUCUGGCCGCCAGCCCAGCGUUCUGCAGAAACUUUGUCAGCUGCCCUUCCAGUACUUCAGCCACCCACGUCUUAUAAGAGUGUUGUUUCCGACCCUCAUCUCGGCCUGUUACAACAACUCUCACAACAAGGCGAUCCUGCAGCAGGAGAUGAGCUGCGUGCUGCUGGCUACCUUCAUUCAGGACUGUGUUCCAAAUGAGAAAGACUCGGAGACUAAGAUAUAUAAGAGCGCUACCCGAUGUCUGCAGAAUGACUGCCUGCUGUCCUACCGCUUUCCAAGAGAUCAGUGGGACUCAGCCUUGCAGUUUUUCCUCAAGAAGCAGGAGGAGUGAUGGAGUUGAACUCUGUCCUCCGAAUUAAAAAAAGCACAGUUGAACAGUUGCAAAGGGUAAUUUCUUGGUGACAGUCUUUUCAUUCAGAGAUUUAUCUUUAGACUUUGUCAAAUGUAAAUAUGUCGAAGCCUUAUAUGUUGCAUCCAUUUUGAUUUCUUGGAAAUCUUGUUGAUGCAAAAGAGAAUUUGCACAAAAUGUCUUAUUUGUUCUUUACAGUGUGAACACUUUACUAUAGUCCGUUUACGGUUUAAGUUGUUUUGCAUUCAUUUGUUUCUGUUGCACAGUUAAUAGAAAUGAAACAUUUAACUAUACUGUAAUAUACAGGUUGCCAAGCAUUCUCAUCAGUGCUGUCUGUUAAUUUGUUGUAUUUUGGUGGUUACUUAUGCGUUAACUACUCCACUAUAUAUAUUUUUUUCAUCUCUUUGUAUUGCAAGGUAUUAAUUGUUGACAGGAGGAACUUACAAGAUGACAAGUGUGUUGUAUGAGCAUAAAUACUGCUCACAGAUACUCGUUACUUUAUUCAACUAGUCAGUUUACUGCUGAGUCGUUUCAAUCCAUUUUGUUUGUGCAAUUCAUAGAAAUAGGAUACAUUUAGUUAUUUAGAAUUUGCCGGUCAUUUUUAGUAGUACGGUUUCUGUUAAUUUAUUGGAUAUAGACUCAGAAUGGUUUGUUGUGUCAUUUGAAAGUUGAUGGUUCAUUUGAAAGAUAUGUGAGGUUUUUACAGUGUAAUGACAUUGUUCUUCUGCUUGUGGGAGCAAUUUACAAGUUAAUAUGUAUGUAGUAUUAGUCUAAAUAACUUAUUUUUAAGUUAUUUUCUGCACUACGUUAAAAAAAAUAGACAUUUGCUCUUCAGAUAAUUCAUUUACUGUUUGAACAUUUCAUUUGAAUCCACCUCUUCCUGUUGUGUGGUUAGUUGGGGAAAAAAACAUUUUCUUAUACUGUUAUUUAUAAUUUGCCAAUUACUUUCUGUACUGUUUCUGUUAAUUUAUUUGUUUUUGUAUCACAAGAAUCUGAGUCUUUAUGUUGCCAGUCAUACUGUUAUACAGAAAAUGUUUACGAUUUAUGUUUAAUUUCAUAAUUUGUCAUCAUUGUUUUCAUGUUGUUCAAGGAGUCAUUUACGAGCUAAUAUAUUUCAGUUAAUAAAGUUAUUCAAAAUACUA